CCAGAGAUUUCAGUAUAAAAGAAGCACUUCCAGGCUCGUCAGAAGUUUUGGACUGAUAGGCUGCCAACGAAGUAUCCACAUAACAACGGCAACACAAAAGUGGAGCCAUGCAUGCGGACUCAGAAAUGGAGUGUUUUGGCCCGGCGGCCCUAUACCUCCGAAAACCAGAAAAGGAGAGAGUAGAGGCUCAAAACCUCCCCUUUGAUGCCAAAACAGCAUAUUACGUGGUUGAGCCCACUGAGGUGUAUGUGCCGGGGAAGCUAGUGAAAAAAGAGGGUGGCAAAGCUACAGUUGAAAUUAAGGGUGGGAAGACUCUCACUGUGAAGGAUGAUGACAUCUUCCCCAUGAACCCUCCAAAGUUCGAUAAGAUUGAGGACAUGGCCAUGAUGACCCACCUCAGUGAACCCUCUGUGCUGUAUAACCUCAAAGACCGUUAUGCAGCAUGGAUGAUCUAUACCUACUCAGGGCUGUUCUGCGUCACUGUGAACCCCUACAAGUGGCUCCCAGUGUAUGACUCAGUGGUUGUACAAGGAUACAGAGGCAAAAAGAGGAUUGAGGCUCCACCCCACAUCUUCUCCAUCUCGGACAACGCCUAUCAGUUCAUGCUCCAAGAUCGUGAGAAUCAGUCAAUCCUGAUUACCGGAGAAUCCGGUGCGGGAAAGACUGUCAACACCAAACGUGUCAUCCAGUACUUUGCGACAAUCGCAGUGGCUGGAGGAAAGAAAACUGCUGAGCCAGUAGCUGGAAAAAUGCAGGGGUCGCUGGAGGAUCAAAUCAUUGCAGCCAACCCUCUGCUGGAGGCUUAUGGUAACGCCAAAACUGUGAGGAAUGACAACUCAUCCCGCUUUGGUAAAUUCAUCAGAAUCCAUUUUGGAACAACUGGAAAGUUGGCUUCAGCUGAUAUUGAAACAUAUCUGCUGGAGAAGUCUCGUGUGACGUUCCAGCUGUCUGCUGAGAGGAGCUACCACAUCUUCUAUCAGCUCACGACAGGCCACAAACCUGAGCUGAUAGAGGGUCUCCUUAUCACCACCAACCCGUAUGACUUCCCCAUGAUCAGUCACGGUGAAAUCACUGUCAAGAGUAUCAAUGACGUUGAAGAAUUCAUCGCCACUGAUACUGCCAUCGACAUCCUGGGCUUCACUGCAGAAGAGAAGUCAAGCAUCUACAAGCUGACAGGAGCUGUGAUGCAUCAUGGAAACAUGAAGUUCAAGCAGAAGCAGCGUGAAGAGCAGGCUGAGCCUGACGGCACUGAGGAGGCUGAUAAAAUUGCCUACCUCAUGGGCCUGAACUCUGCUGAUAUGCUCAAGUCAUUAUGUUACCCAAGAGUCAAGGUUGGCAACGAAAUGGUGGUUAAAGGUCAAACUGUGCCACAGGUGCACAACUCUGUUAUGGCUCUCUCCAAAGCUGUCUACGAGAAAAUGUUCUUGUGGAUGGUCUUCAGAAUUAAUGAGAUGUUGGAUACCAAGCAGGCAAGAAGCUAUUUCAUCGGUGUCCUGGAUAUUGCUGGGUUUGAAAUCUUUGAUUUCAACAGCUUGGAGCAGCUGUGCAUCAACUUCACCAAUGAAAAACUGCAACAGUUUUUCAACCACCACAUGUUUGUCCUGGAGCAAGAGGAGUACAAGAAAGAGGGAAUUGAAUGGGAGUUCAUUGAUUUUGGUAUGGACUUGGCUGCCUGUAUUGAGCUGAUUGAGAAGCCAAUGGGCAUCUUAUCCAUCCUUGAAGAGGAGUGCAUGUUCCCCAAGGCUACAGACAUGACCUUCAAGAACAAAAUGUAUGACCAGCAUCUUGGAAAAAAUGCUAUCUUCCAGAAACCCAAACCUGCCAAAGGCAAAACUGAGGCCCAUUUCUCUCUGGUGCACUAUGCCGGCACUGUUGACUACAAUGUCAAUGGCUGGCUUGAUAAGAACAAAGACCCUCUGAAUGACUCAGUUGUUCAGCUCUACCAGAAGUCUUCCACCAAACUGUUGGCUCACCUCUUUGCAUCACAUUCCUCAACAGAAGAGAGUAAAAGUACAAAGAAGAUGAAGAAGGGCGGCUCCUUCCAGACAGUAUCAGCCCUCUUCAGGGAAAACCUGAGCAAGCUGAUGACCAACUUAAGAAGCACUCACCCACACUUUGUGCGCUGUUUGAUUCCCAAUGAAACAAAAACACCAGGUCUCAUGGAGAACUUCCUGGUCAUCCACCAGCUGCGGUGUAAUGGCGUGCUGGAAGGUAUCAGGAUCUGCAGGAAAGGUUUCCCCAGCAGAAUCCUCUACGGUGACUUCAAGCAGAGAUACAAAGUAUUGAAUGCUAGCGUCAUCCCUGAGGGACAGUUCAUCGACAACAAGAAGGCCUCAGAGAAACUGCUGGAAUCCAUAAACGUGGAUAAAACACAGUACAGAUACGGCCACACCAAGGUAUUCUUCAAGGCUGGAAUUCUGGGAAUGCUUGAGGAGAUGAGGGAUGAGAAACUGGUUGAGCUAGUCACAAUGACUCAGGCUCUCUGCAGAGGUUUCCUGAUGAGACGAGAAUUUGCCAAAAUGAUGGAGAGAAGGGAAGCUAUUUACACCAUCCAGUACAACAUCCGCUCAUUCAUGAAUGUCAAAACCUGGCCAUGGAUGAAGCUGUACUUCAGAAUAAAGCCCCUGCUGAAGAGCGCAGAGAUUGAGAAAGAGAUGGCACAAAUGAAAGAGGACUUUGAAAAGAUGAAAGAGGAGCUAGCAAAGACUCAGGCUAAGAAGAAAGAACUGGAGGAGAAGAUGGUGUCUCUGAUGCAAGAGAAGAAUGACUUGCAGCUACAAGUUCAGUCUGAAGCUGAAAACCUCAGUGAUGCAGAAGAAAGGUGUGAGGGGCUCAUUAAAGCAAAAAUCCAGCUUGAGGCCAAAGUCAAAGAGACGUCCGAGAGACUGGAAGAUGAGGAGGAAAUGAAUGCUGAGCUGACUGCAAAGAAGAGGAAGCUGGAGGAUGAGUGCUCUGAACUGAAGAAAGACAUUGAUGACUUGGAGCUCACCCUGGCUAAAGUGGAAAAGGAGAAACAUGCCACUGAGAACAAGGUUAAAAACCUGAUUGAGGAAAUGGCAUCUCUAGAUGAGACCAUUGCCAAGCUGACCAAAGAGAAGAAAGCCCUCCAAGAGGCCCAACAGCAGACCCUCGAUGAUCUGCAGGCAGAGGAAGACAAAGUCAACUCUCUGACGAAGGCUAAAGCCAAGCUUGAGCAACAAGUGGACGAUCUUGAAGGUUCUCUGGAGCAAGAAAAGAAGCUCCGUAUGGACCUUGAGCGAGCCAAAAGAAAGCUUGAGGGGGAUCUUAAACUGGCCCAUGAAACCAUAAUGGAUCUGGAGAAUGACAAGCAGCAGUCUGAGGAGAAAAUAAAGAAGAGGGACUUUGAGAUAAGUCAGCUUCUUGGCAAGAUAGAAGAUGAACAGUCAGUUGGUAUUCAGCUUCAUAAGAAAAUCAAGGAACUGCAGGCUCGUAUUGAGGAGCUGGAGGAAGAGAUUGAGGCUGAGCGAGCUGCUCGGGCCAAGGUGGAGAAGCAGAGGUCUGAUCUCUCCAGGGAACUUGAGGAGAUCAGCGAGAGGCUCGAAGAAGCCGGCGGAGCGACAGCUGUUCAGAUCGAAAUGAUCAAGAAGCGCGAGGCCGAGUUUCAGAAGCUGCGUCGUGAUCUCGAAGAGUCCACCCUGCAGCACGAGGCCACCGCUGCAGCUCUCCGCAAGAAGCAAGCUGACAGCGUGGCAGAGCUGGGAGAACAGAUUGAUAACCUCCAGAGAGUCAAACAGAAGCUGGAGAAAGAGAAAAGAGAAUACAAGAUGGAGAUCGAUGACCUCACAAGCAAUAUGGAGUCUGUCUCAAAAUCAAAGGCUAAUCUGGAGAAAAUGUGCCGUACUCUUGAGGAUCAGCUAAGUGAACUCAAGUCCAAGAAUGACGAGCACGUGCGUCAGUUAAAUGAAGUGAAUGUUCAAAGAUCAAGACUGACAACUGAAAAUGCGGAAUUUGGUCGUCAGUUGGAGGAAAAAGAGUCUCUUGUUUCCCAGUUUACGAGGGGAAAAAUGGCUUAUAUUCAUCAAAUUGAGGAGCUCAAAAAGCACCUUGAGGAGGAAGUUAAGGCCAAGAACGCCCUGGCUCACGCUGUUCAGUCAGCUCGUCAUGACUGCGACCUGCUCAGAGAGCAGUAUGAGGAGGAGCAGGAGGCCAAAUCUGAGCUGCAGCGUGGCAUGUCCAAGGCUAACAGCGAGGUGGCUCAGUGGAGAACCAAAUACGAGACUGAUGCCAUUCAGCGCACUGAGGAGCUGGAGGAGGCCAAGAAAAAGCUUGCCCAGCGUCUUCAGGAUGCAGAGGAAUCCAUCGAGGCUGUGAAUGCAAAAUGUGCCUCUCUGGAAAAGACCAAACAGAGACUGCAGGGUGAAGUGGAGGACCUGAUGAUUGAUGUGGAGAGAGCUAAUGCUCUGGCUGCUAACCUCGACAAGAAACAAAGGAACUUUGAUAAGGUUCUUGCAGAGUGGAAGCAGAAGUAUGAAGAGAGUCAGGCAGAGCUGGAGGGAGCUCAGAAGGAGAGUCGCUCAUUGAGCACUGAGAUGUUCAAGCUGAAAAAUUCAUAUGAAGAAGCUCUGGACCAACUGGAGACCCUGAAGAGAGAGAACAAGAACCUGCAACAGGAAAUCAGCGAUUUGACUGAACAUAUUGCUGAAUCAGGAAAAACAAUUCAUGAACUGGAAAAGGCAAAGAAGACAGCAGAGAUUGAGAAAGCAGAAGUCCAGACUGCUCUUGAGGAGGCAGAGGCUACACUGGAGCACGAAGAAUCAAAGAUCAUUCGUAUCCAGCUGGAGCUCACCCAGGUGAAGAAUGAAAUUGACAGAAAACUUGCAGAGAAGGACGAGGAGAUUGAGCAGAUCAAGAGGAACAGCCAGAGAGUGAUUGAGUCCAUGCAGACUACUUUGGAUGCUGAGGUCAGGAGCAGGAACGAAGCCCUGAGAGUCAAGAAGAAGAUGGAGGGAGACCUCAAUGAGAUGGAGAUUCAGCUGAGUCAUGCCAACCGCCAGGCAGCUGAAGCCCAGAAACAACUGAGAAAUGUGCAGGGACAGCUGAAGGAUGCACAACUGCACCUUGAUGAAGCUCUCAGAGUUCAGGCAGACAUGAAGGAGCAGGUUGCCAUAGUGGAGCGCAGGAACAACCUGAUGCUGGCUGAGAUCGAGGAGCUGAGAGCUGCACUGGAGCAGACGGAGAGAAGCCGCAAAGUAGCUGAACAGGAGCUGGUUGAUGCCAGUGAGCGUGUGGGACUGCUGCACUCUCAGAACACAAAUCUCAUAAACACUAAAAGGAAGCUGGAGGCUGACCUUGUCCAGAUCCAAGGUGAGGUGGAAGAUGCUGUGCAGGAAGCAAGAAAUGCUGAAGAGAAGGCCAAGAAGGCCAUCACUGAUGCAGCCAUGAUGGCAGAAGAGCUGAAGAAGGAGCAAGACACUAGUGCUCAUUUGGAGAGGAUGAAGAAGAACCUGGAGGUGACAGUGAAGGACCUUCAGAACCGCCUUGAUGAAGCUGAGAAUCUGGCUCUGAAGGGUGGCAAGAAGCAGCUCCAGAAACUGGAGGCUAGGGUGCGGGAGCUUGAGGCUGAGGUUGAUGCCGAGCAGAGACGCGGAGCUGAAGCUGUGAAAGGUGUCCGCAAGUACGAACGCAGAGUGAAGGAGCUGACUUACCAGACCGAGGAGGACAGGAAGAACAUCGCCCGCCUUCAGGAUCUGGUGGACAAGCUGCAGCUGAAAGUGAAAUCCUACAAGAGGCAGUCUGAGGAGGCCGAGGAGCAGGCCAACACUCAUCUGUCCAGAUACAGGAGGGUGCAGCAUGAGAUGGAGGAGGCUCAGGAGCGUGCUGACAUCGCUGAGUCUCAGGUCAACAAGCUGAGGGCCAAAAGCCGUGAAAUCGUCAGGGGAAAGGACGCCGAAUAAUGAGCAUCAGUCUUGACAAGACAGUACAAGAAAUCAUACAAUAUGGUUUUUUCGUCUGAUGUGUCGAGUGUGGAACAAAAAAUAAAUCUGCAAGCAACUGAA